UCGGUUGCCGUAGCGCACACUGCUGGCACUUGGCACUUAACAGCCGGUGUGUGCGAACAUUGAACUCGUCCUUUAAAGUUGAACCGCUUAAAUAAUGAGUCGAAACUACAACGAUGAGCUCCAGUACUUGGAGAAGUUGUCUGGGAACUGCUGGAGGAUUAAAAAGGGUUUCGUUCCCAACAUGCAGGUGGAGGGAAUCUUCUAUGUGAAUGACCCACUGGAGAAACUGAUGUUUGAGGAGCUGAGAAACGCCUGUCGGGGUGGAGGCGUGGGUGGAUUUCUGCCGGCCAUGAAACAGAUUGGGAAUGUUGCAGCAUUACCUGGCAUUGUGCACAGAUCCAUUGGCCUCCCUGACGUCCACUCUGGAUAUGGAUUUGCCAUUGGAAACAUGGCGGCUUUCGACAUGGAUGAUCCUGACGCUGUCGUCUCGCCAGGUGGUGUCGGUUUUGAUAUAAACUGUGGAGUCCGUUUGCUGAGGACAAACCUGGAUGAGCGAGACGUCCAGCCAGUGAAGGAGCAACUGGCCCAGUCGCUGUUUGACCACAUUCCUGUGGGCGUUGGUUCCAAGGGUGUCAUCCCCAUGGCAGCAAAGGAUUUAGAGGAGGCUCUGGAGAUGGGCGUGGACUGGUCCCUAAGGGAGGGCUACGCAUGGGCAGAGGACAAGGAGCACUGUGAAGAGUAUGGCAGGAUGCUACAGGCAGACCCGAACAAGGUGUCCUCUAAGGCCAAGAAGAGAGGGCUGCCACAGCUCGGAACUCUGGGAGCAGGGAACCAUUACGCAGAAAUUCAAGUAGUGGACGAGAUCUACAAUGAUUACGCUGCCAAGAAGAUGGGUAUUGACCACAAAGGUCAGGUGUGUGUGAUGAUCCACAGUGGCAGCAGAGGACUGGGACACCAGGUGGCCACAGACGCCCUGGUUGCCAUGGAGAAGGCCAUGAAGCGUGACAAGAUCACGGUGAACGAUCGGCAGCUGGCGUGUGCGCGCAUCACAUCUCAGGAAGGUCAGGACUAUCUGAAGGGGAUGGCAGCUGCAGGGAACUAUGCCUGGGUCAACCGCUCGUCCAUGACCUUCCUCACCAGACAGGCGUUCUCCAAAGUGUUCAACACGACUCCAGACGACCUGGACAUGCACGUCAUCUACGACGUGUCGCACAACAUCGCCAAAGUGGAAGAGCACAUGGUGGACGGCAAGCAGAGGACGCUGCUGGUUCACCGCAAAGGUUCCACCAGGGCGUUCCCGCCACACCACCCCCUCAUUCCCGUCGACUACCAGCUCACAGGUCAGCCCGUGUUGAUCGGUGGCACAAUGGGAACGUGUAGCUACGUUUUGACGGGAACUGAACAAGGAAUGACUGAGACGUUCGGCACAACCUGCCACGGAGCGGGUCGUGCUCUCUCUCGAGCAAAGUCCAGAAGAAAUCUGGACUUCCAGGACGUUCUGGACAAACUAGCCGACUUGGGCAUCGCCAUCCGAGUGGCUUCUCCCAAACUUGUGAUGGAAGAGGCUCCUGAAUCAUACAAAAAUGUCACGGACGUUGUCAACACGUGCCACGAUGCCGGGAUCAGUAAGAAAGCCAUCAAACUGAGGCCCAUCGCCGUGAUUAAAGGCUGAAGCCUUCCCACAAUCCACUGAGGACGUCUUGAUGGACUGAUGUCUGGCAUGACGUGCCGAAGAAGCCCACUUUUUUUUUUAAAUUCUAGAAUGACUUAUGUUGAUGAAAUUGGAAAAGUGUGACUACACACUGACCCUUUGACCUUUUUCUUUGUGGCCAACCACAAUUAAAUCAUGAAAAAAAAGAUAUAUUUUUCUUUGUAAAUUUAUGUAAAUUGUAAAGACGAUCAAGAUGCUUUCUCAACGUCUCAAUAAAUGAGCAAAUUCAUUGAUUGUUUUAAAUUCUUUUUUUAGGGAUGAUCAAAUAGGGGCUCUAAAAUCUCUUAAGACAGGUCUGCUGUUUGUAAAAAAAAUGAAUGGAUAGUGCCAAAAAGCCAAGUAGGAUAAUGUGGUACAAGGUAUACUGUAUAUUUUACAUCUAUUUUGUAAAAUAUGAUAGUGACUAUCAUGGAUUUGAUAAUGUUACAAGCCAAAAAAAAUCUGUCUUAGCCAAGGAAUGUGGUGUGCUUGCAUUUUAUGUUGUAAAUUAAACAUUUUUACUUAA